CUCCCCGUCCUCCAGCUGCUACCGCUUUCUGCGACGUCCCAGCUCACCAAGAACGCGUCCGUACGAUCUGCCUAGACCUCGUUCUCCGUAGCUGCUCUCAUGGCCUCCGCCGCUAUGGACUCCAAAGAGCUUGACCGUGAUGCCACUCCUGCUCCGAGCACUGCUGAUCCCGAGAAAGGGAGGAAGCCCGGCCAGCACUGGAAAUACAACGAGGAACAUGUCCUCCCGAAAAACAACAUCCCCGUCGUAUUCUGUGGGCUGAUGUGCUGCACAUUCCUCGCUGCAUUGGAUCAGACCAUUGUUGCGACUGCUCUCCCUACGAUCGUCGAGAAGCUUGGAGGGGGGAGCGAUUACUCGUGGGUCGGCAGCGCAUAUCUCCUUGCAACCUCCGCCUUGUCUCCUAUAUACGGUAAAAUAUCCGACAUUACUGGCCGCAAACCCGUCCUCUAUGUAUCCAUCCUAAUUUUCCUGAUCGGCUCCGCGUUGUGCGGUGCCGCGCAGAACAUGACAUGGCUAGUUGUGUGCCGAGCGGUUCAGGGUAUUGGCGGUGGAGGCAUCAUUCAAAUGGUGCAGAUUACCAUUUCAGAUAUAGUAUCGUUGCAAGAUCGUGGCAAGUACGGCGGUUACAUUGGUGCAACAUGGGGCAUAGCUAGUGUUAUUGGGCCUCUCCUGGGUGGUGUUUUCACCGACCAUGUUUCAUGGCGCUGGUGUUUCUUCAUCAAUCUGCCCACCGGCGCCGUAGGAUUUGCGCUCCUGUUCUUCUUCCUGCACCUCAACCCCCACCAAGGGAAGACCUUCAGGGAACAUGUACAACAAUUCGACUUCAUCGGUCUAUUCCUGAUCAUCGGUGGUGUUGUAUUGUUGUUGCUUGGUUUCAACUUCGGCGAGACAAAUUGCAAGUGCCAAUCUAUUCGUGCAACAAUCAGGGUCUUAACCGUCUCUUCAUUAGGGGCGACCCCUCAGUGCAUUGCGACUCUCGCCAUCGGAGUUUGCCUGCUUUUUGUCGCUUUCGUGUACGAGUUGUUCACGAAACGGUCUCCUGUCCUCCCUCCUCGGCUGUUCAAGACGCGCACGACAGCUAUUCUCCUGAUCUCGUCGCUGUUGCAUGCCUUCUCAUUCUUCUCUGCUGCAUUCUAUCUGCCAGUAUAUUUCCAAGUCCUCGGUGCUUCUGCAACGAAUGCCGGUGUCCGCAUGUUGCCCUUCUCGCUGGGUGGUGCGGCAUUCUCGGUCAUUUCGGGCCAGCUUACGUCCCGGACAGGACGUUGGAGACCCAUAGUAUGGUUUUCGUGGGCGAUUAUGACCCUCGGGUGGGGUCUCAUGACAAUGCUUGACGAUAAGUCGAACGACGCGGAGAAGGCACUUUACCCCCUCGUUGCGGCGGUUGGUAUCGGCAAUCUCUUCCAGACCCCCUUGAUUGGCCUGCAAGCUGCGAUGCCGCUCAAGGACAUGGCGACCACGACGGCCGCAUUCAUCCUCAUCCGUACCUUGGGCGGCACGAUUGGUAUUUCUGUCGGCCAGGCCAUCAUCUCCAGCGAACUGCGCAAGCGGGUCGCUAAGAUCCCGAACCUCACCAUCGACACCUCGCCCUCUGCCCUCACGCAGAUCGUGCGCCAGAUUCCGUUGAUCUCGGAUCCCGUACAACGCGCAGCGCUUGCACACGCAUAUACCCGCUCGAUCGGCACGAUUUGGCUCGUCAGCACCCCCAUGGCGGGUGUUGGGUUCUUGAUGGUGCUCUUCUUGCGCGGCUACUCACUGAAGCGCAUCGUCCGCCAGGCCGGCGACCCGGCCGCGGAGACAGCAGAGUCGGAAGCUCAGGCGAAGCUUGCCACGGCCGCACCGGUCGCCGGCGUCGAGAGCGGCGACGCGCUCGCAAAGGACGACGCGGCAACAGUCCGGAACGACCCCUCGAUCAACGAGGACGAGAAGACGAGGGAGUCCCCGCGAGUCGAUGUAUGAUUUCCCCAUCGCAGACAUGAGGGGGACGAAGACGCGGCUCCACGAGGAGGCCGCAGGGGAGAGCCUCGGGGCUCGCGAUGAUAGAGAUACACAGUCCUGCGGCGCGGCCCGCCGACAGGUCUUCUUUUUACGAUGUUGUCAUUAUUUGUUUUGAUGUUUUCACGCACGCAUAUGUUACGCACCC